AUGUACUCUCGCGAGUACUCGGUACUGGGUUCAGUUAUGCUUUCCGCCAAGGUCAAUCCCGUUCGGUCGCCCGCCCACAAGGUCGUGAACUCUAGGACACCAACGACAACGAGGGUUCGGUCCAACAUGUUAGAAAGAGUCAAGUGGCACAGUUUCCAAGCGGAUCGACUUGGCCUCGAUGCCCGACACAGGCCAAUCCAGCCAUCUUUCGCGCGAGCCCUCACAGACACCGUUCAACACCAAGGCGAAAGUCAAGAGUUCUUCGAUCGGGCAUCUGGUUGGAACUGUCAGAUAACAUUAAAAUAG